AUGAAGCGUAAGAUGAUGAAUGAUGAUGAGGGGAAAGGUAGUGGUCGGAGACGGAGGCCGAGACUCAAUGACUGGACAGUUGUGGAUGAAGAAGGAAGGACAAUUCCGGGCGUUGGGAGAACCAAGUCCGGCAAGUAUGAUUGCAAGAUUACCGAUCCAUUCAAGAAAAAGAUGGUUUGGAUCGGAACUUUUAGCACUGUUGAAGCCGCUGUUGAAGCCCGCCUCGCAAAGGAACGCGAAUUCGAUCUCGCCCGGCAGCGCGGAAUCGAUCCCCCGGCGCCAGGACAUGUUUCCAGGGGAAUUGAAUGGGUGGAGGUUUUUGAAAAAGAACCCCCCGCGGCGCUGCCGGAGGAGGAAGAAGAACCUGUUCUGGUGGAUUCACAAAUUCCUAAUGACAAUAAUAAUUCACCUGACGAUUGUGCAACAAAUGUAGAGCUAAAUCAUACGUAUUGGAAUUAUUCGGAACCAACUCAAAAUUAUUUAGGUUCUGAUGAAGAAUUCGCAACUCAUAAGACUAUACAUCGGCCUUCUUCUUGUCCACCUGAUCAUGACGAGCCGACCACGGAGGAAUCAUCACAGACAGUUUCUGAGCGCCCAAAACCAGUUAUCGUGUCGUGUGAAACACUGAAAGAGAAACUGAAUGUUGUGUCGGUGACGAGUACGGAGUACAACGGAGGAGGUGCUCUGGGGUAUUUUGUUCCAAGCCCCAAUGAUGGGAGUUCUGGAUCCAUGAUUUUUGUGCCUAUUAUAGACAACCAUGGUUUCUUGUUAGGGGAAUUUGGCAAAAUAGAUGAUUUAGAAGAGCAUCACUCAUAA